AUGGUGCACGACACUCCACCAGUUUACGUGUCCAAUACUCGACAAUUGCAAGAUUUUCUAAGCCUAAAGAAAAUCGAACAACUACGUCUAUGUGUGGAGAUUACGGAGAACAAGGAUGAAAGAGCAAGAGAGAAGAGUAAUGAGAAUGACUGCUCAGAAGUAGAAGCUUCAGAAGUUCAGUCCAGAGACGAAAACUACAGUGGGAGUUGCGAUGGUUGCAAAGAUGAUGAAUUUGAAAGCCGAUUUGAUAUGUUCGACGACUCGGACGGUGCUUCAUCUGAAGAUGAUAACUUCAGCUCAUACGGUGAGUCUCUUACAGAAGACGAAGAUUCACCAACGCUACCUCCCAAGAAGAGAUAUCAGAACUUCUCAACGAGCGGAUCUAAAGGGAAUCUGGAGGUUCUAAAGUUGGAGAUGUCGUCGAUAGAACUUGAAGUAAGGCAACGAUACGAGAGGGAAUCCCCAGCGUUUUAUGUUCCUAUGUACGAUUCGAAUCAUACAUGUUCUUGCCCAGAGCGUUCUAAUCGAUCUCGACAAGCAACACCAGAUAUUUUAGGAGAGUCGUACAAGAACUUUCUCGGCGACGUUGGUCCGGCCGUUUGCCCUACGAGUGUCGGAAUAGCUAUCACUAAGCAGUUUGGUGUAAAGAUGGAUUAUUGGAAAUCACACCGGACGCUGAACUUUGCAAGGGAAAUCGAUGAGGGAACACCUGAGUGUGGGUUUGAAAUCUUGCCUUCUUACUUAUACAUGAUAAGAAGGGCAAAUCCGAGUACAGUUACGCGUCUUCAAAUCGAUGAGCUUGGAAGAUUCAUGUAUGUGUUCUUUGCGUUUGGUGCGAGCGUAAAUGGGUUUCCUUUCAUGCGCAAAGUUGUAGUUGUCGAUGGUACGUUUCUUAAUGGUAACUACAAAGGAACACUACUCACAGCACUAGCUCAGGAUGGUAACUUUCAGAUUUUUCCAAUAGCCUUUGCAGUGGUUGACACUGAAAAUGAUGAUUCGUGGCAUUGGUUUUUUACGCAACUAAAACUUUUGAUUCCUGACGACAAGGGUCUUGCGAUAAUCUCGGAUAGGCAUAAUUCGAUAGGGAAAGCAAUUAGAAAUGUGUAUCCAUUAGCUGCUCGGAGAAUAUGCACCUACCAUUUAUAUAAGAAAAUAUUGGGACGGUACAAAGGAAAUAUGUAUUUUGUAUGGUGA